UAUUGAACAGGCAAAUAUAUCUUGUCCAAUGGCACCGAUAUAACUACAAUUACGUUUUACUCGUAAUUACGUAUAUAUGUAUGUAUGUAUGUAAUAGAUACACACGUACACUAUAGAAACCGUCGAUGAUCUUUAGAAAAAAAAUAUCGUGCCUUUCUUUUUAUACGAAUCGUUCAAGACUCUAAAUAAGUUCGUCAGUUUCAUCUAAUCGUGCUGGUUUCACAAAAAUAUGCGUCUUGUCGCACAAUCGUGUAUGUUGCUUUAAUGAAUGAGAGGAAACUGUAAAAAUGAAAAAAAAAAGAAAGAAAAAGAAAAUCCGAAAAAGAACGAUAUACACACACACAUAUAUAUAUAUUAUAUGUAUGUAUGUAUGUAUGUAUAGAAUGUCAUUAAAAUCGAUUAUGUAUAAAUUUCAUUUUUUCUUUUUUCUUUUUUGUUUCUUUUUUUUUUCAUUAAUCGUUAAGCUCUUUUUCGUGAUUUUCUUCUUUUUUUUGAUCGGACGGAUAUGCGACAAAUUAUACGAUAUUAUCUUUCACCGUGUGAUUAGAUCACUCUCUAAUGGGAAAUCUAAUAAAGCUGAAAUUUCAUCGACAUCGUUCUGUCAAUAUAUUUCAAACAAUAAUAAUUCGAAAUAAAAAAGCGAUCUAUGUCGGAUUCGUUUUUGUAAACUUCGAAUUAAAUUUAAUUGAACAUAUGUAUUUGUAUAUUGUUUAUUAUUUUAUGGAAUACGCGCUUAGUUUAUUAAAUCAAAAACUGAAACUUUGUAUGCUAGAGUAAUUUUUAGACCAAUUAAAACAUCGUUGAUCAGUCAUAUCGAACGUAUAUAUAAUUUUGUAAAUUGUUACUAUAAUAUCAUUUGUCUUGUUGUAGAUAAUUUUUAUUCAAUUUAUAUAUAUAUUUGCAAUUUUUCGGAAUUUUUAAUAACGAUUUCGAUAAUGAUUUUAAUUUUAAAUUAUAAAUAUAGCCGAGAUGAAAUGCAUUAAUUUUUGCAUGUAAUAAUCGAUCAAAGUUUGUAUGUGUGUGUGUGCGUGCGUGUGCGUGCGCGCUUUUUUUUCUACAUCAAUACGAUUUCUGCUAAAAAUCGAAAAGGCGAGUUAUAUAAAAAUGUUUUAUUUGAGACAUGUGAAUUUAUCGAUAUAUACAAUACACGGAUAUAACAAAAAAAAGUUUGAUUCAACGAAAGAAACUCCUUCUUGCGUCCUUAUCUCGAACGAACCGAUCGAUCGAUCGAUCGAGAUUGUUGUAACUCGACUUUAAAUGGGGACAUUGUAAGUGAUAUGAAUCAUUAAAAUAAAAAAUUUACGAUUAUGGUAACGAA